AUGAUGAUUGCAGGUGGUUUGGCUUCAGAAGUGAGGUGUCGGAUGGAAACAGCAGGGCCCAUACCUGUAAAACGACUGCUGUCAGCUUCUCCUGUCGACCAGUUCUUCUGUAUUUACUGUGGAGUUUAACAUUUCUGAGGAGCCGGCGAGCAGAACUUUUGAAUAAAACCGACCGUGGACCGUGCAGAUGGCGGCUGUGAGCUGUAUGAACAAAAUGUAUGGAGUGUGUUUUCACGCCGUUCGUCAGACGGCAGGACUGAAGGCAUCGAGGCUGCUUCAGCACAGAGCCUUCAGGAGCAGUGCCGUGCACCGGCAGCAGCCCUUUGACUCAUCACUGGAAAAGCCGCAAUUCCCUGGAGCCUCAGCCGAGUUUGUUGAUCAGCUUGAGUUCAUCCAGCCCAAUGUCAUCUCUGGGAUCCCAGUGUACCGGGUGAUGGACAGGCAAGGAAAUAUCAUCAACCCCUCCCAAGACCCUCAGCUUUCCAAAGAGACUGUUUUGAAUUUUUAUCAGAAGAUGACUCUGCUGAACACAAUGGACCGCAUUCUUUAUGAGUCUCAGAGACAGGGUCGGAUCUCCUUCUACAUGACCAACUAUGGUGAAGAGGGGACACAUAUUGGUAGUGCUGCUGCUCUUGACCCAAAUGACCUGGUCUUUGGUCAAUACAGAGAAGCUGGAGUGUUGAUGUACCGUGGUUUUCCUCUGGACAAGUUCAUGGCUCAGUGCUACGCCAAUGCCGAUGACCUCGGUAAGGGGCGGCAGAUGCCCGUCCACUAUGGCUCCAGAGACCUGAACUUUGUAACUAUCUCCUCUCCUCUGGCCACCCAGAUUCCUCAAGCGGCUGGAGCUGCAUACGCAGUCAAGAGAGAAAACAUCAACCGUGCUGUAAUCUGUUAUUUCGGAGAGGGAGCAGCCAGUGAAGGGGACGCACACGCUGGCUUCAACUUCUCUGCCACCCUCGAGUGCCCAUUGAUAUUCUUCUGUCGAAACAAUGGCUACGCCAUCUCUACCCCCACCAACGAGCAGUACAGAGGAGAUGGCAUUGCUGCUCGUGGUCCGGGUUAUGGAAUGCUGUCCAUCCGUGUCGAUGGUAAUGAUGUCUUUGCUGUGUACAACGCUACAAAGGAAGCUCGCCGCAGGGCCGUGGCUGAGAACCAGCCCUUCCUCAUUGAGGCAAUGACCUACAGAAUUGGUCACCACAGCACCAGUGACGACAGCUCGGCUUACCGCUCGGUGGACGAGGUGAACUACUGGGACAAGCAGGACCAUCCCAUCUCCAGGCUGAGACAUUACAUGACGGCCCGCGGCUGGUGGAGCGAAGAUGACGAGAGGAGCUGGAGGAAGCAGUCCCGCAAGACGGUGAUGGAGGCGUUCGAGACGGCCGAGAGGCGCCUGAAGCCCAAUCCCGAACUGCUGUUCACAGACGUGUACCUGGAGAUGACGCCCAGCCUGGAAAAGCAGAGAGAAUCUCUGUGGAGGCACGUGCAGCAGUACAAAGAGCACUACCCACUUGACCUGUAUGAUAAAUAAUUGCAUUGAUACGGAUGGAAUGAGUUGUGCUUCAGUGAACAAAUGUGAGCGUGGAUCAGGAUUGAGACUGGGAUAUACUGUUGCACACCUUUUACUAUUCAUGAAAAUGUAGUUUUGAUAUGACGUGUCAUUUCUUUCUGCACAACAAAGGGAGAGGAGAAAAGAUUGUGCUUCACACCUCUGGGUUUGGUGCCUUAAGUUGAUAGAUUUACUGUCAGUAGUACAGCUCUUCUAUAAAUGCUGAAUCACACUUUUGUUACACAGCACGGUUCUUUUAGUGCAGCAAAAAAAACCCAAAACAACAGCUGGUACAUUAUGAAUGCAUUUUGCAUAUAAAACAACUAAACAAAUUGAACAAUAAACAGUGGAAGUUUACCCCUGUUAUGUAUGUUCCUUCUCCUGUAACUGUCUUCUGCAGUGACUAUGGUAUUUAGCAGGUUUCCUUGUGUAUCACUGAGGUGACUGAUUUACCUUUAACAUAUUAAAGAACUUGUUUUAAUGGUUUUUAGUGUACACACCCAAAUUUUAGAUGGGUUUGUAUGCUGUAAUGCUGUCAGACACUACACUAAAUCCCAGAACUGUGCACCCAUCUAGCUCAUGUUACAUGUUUGGUGUUUUGUGGAAAAUAAACUAUGAACUUUCA